CACAUUCAUUCAUUCAUGGCAAUUGGCAAACAACUCCAACUAACAAAACCCUGCGAGUUCGCGCGAAUAGAAGGUGGAUCUGGGAACUAAGAUGGAGAAGGAAAGAGAAGAGCAAAACAAAAAGAGUUCCGUUGUGAUAAGAAUUCCUUCGUAUCAAGAAGUCGUUGAAAGUUCGCAAGCGAAAUCAACUCCACCGUCUCUAUUCAUUCCUUCCCAAACCUUUUCCGAAGCCUUUGCGUUUGUUAAAUCCUCAGAGUUCUACUCUCCCCCUCCUUCACUCCCAAAGGAAACUGGUCAAUCGGAAGCUUCAUCUUCAACACCUUCGACAUCUAAUACUGUUCCUGCAGUUUCAUCGAAAUUGCCGUCAUCUCAACAAACUCAAAAUCGCAAUGCAAUUCUUGUGAGCAACAGACAGAAGGGAAACCCUUUGCUCAAACAUAUUAGGAAUGUUAAAUGGACAUUUGCUGAUGUUGUUUGUGACUUCUUGCUUGGCCAAAGCUCCUGUGCUCUCUAUCUCAGUCUUCGGUACCAUCUGCUUCACCCAGACUAUUUAUAUUACAGAAUAAGGGAGUUGCAGAAGAAUUUCAAGCUUCGUCUAGUAUUGUGCCAUGUUGAUGUGGAGGAUGUAGUGAAGCCUCUACUUGAAGUUACAAAAACAGCUUUGCUUCAUGAUUGUACCCUCGUAUGUGGAUGGAGCUUGGAGGAGUGCGGCCGUUACUUGGAGACCAUAAAAGUCUACGAAAACAAACCUGCAGAUAUUAUUCAAGGCCAAAUGGAUACAGACUAUCUAUCGCGGCUAACACAUGCCCUAACGACAGUUCGACAUGUUAACAAGACUGAUGUAGUUACCCUUGGUACCACAUUUGGGUCUCUAUCUAACAUUAUGGGUGCAUCUAUGGAGGACCUAGCUCGUUGCCCUGGCAUAGGAGAGCGCAAGGUCAAGCGUUUGUAUGACACUUUUCAUGAACCGUUCAAGCGCGUGGAAUCCAGUCGGCAAGCCAUUCUAGAGACUUCUGUCCAGAAUAAGCCAGAUAAUUUAGAUAUAUCUCUCAGGAAAAAUGCUGAAUCUUCCUCCUCUCUUGAAGACAAGCAGAAGGGUGUAGACAAUGCGAGCAAACGUAGGAAGAAAGAACCUGAUUUAACUGUCAAAACUGCCCUUUCUGAAGCUUUUGCCAAAUUUUCUGACAGAGUUGGAAAGAGCAAUAUCACUUCAAAAUUGAAGGAGAAAGGAGAAUCAAUUGUAGAAUCAGAUGCUGAAACAUAAAAUUGCUGGUGAUAUUCUCAGUGGUUGUUUAACAAUUUUCCCUUGAGCAAGAUAAUCUCCAUGCAUUUAAGCCAUGGUUCUCUGUGAGGAGUAUGAUAAGGGAAACAGCUGUACUAACUGAAGCGGAAGUUAGUUGGUUAGGACAAAGCUUUAACUGAAUGGGAAUGCAAAAAAGGGGGCUUAUAGUGUAUAACACUAAGAAUAUAUUGAAGAUUGGAUUUACUUUUUGGUUGAGAGAAGUUGGGAGGGAAAGCCUAUCGAGUCGAAAGUCCUGGGUUGAGAGAUACUCUCAUCUUUUGCACACUGUCUGCCUCUUCUCCUUGAUUCCGAAAUCACAUUGGUUCAGAAUUGAGGGGAAGAGUUUCAUCAAUAAUAGUUUCCAUUGUUUGAUUAUUUCUAUCAGUUCUAGCCAAUUUGCUGAACCAAUAUUAUCCAUCAAACUCCUCUUGCCCUGCCCCUGUAAUAUCUAGGGCUAUUUGGGGUUGUACAGGUUUAGAAGGGGACAAGUGCUUAAAUAGACGUAAAUUUCAGUAUGGGUUUGGGAAGUUAUAAUAUUAUACAGGUUACAAUGUAAUAAUAACUACAUAAUAUUUGACCAGGCAAAAGAAUUAUAUGAAAAAUGUAUUCUGUGGUAUUACCCACGCUGAGGAAUUUGUAAUCUAUCUUAUAGAAGUUUACUGUUCAUGAUUUGGAUGUUACGCGAAUAAAUAUCAAACAAAUUGCUAUGAA